UUCAGGGUUCAUGUAAAUGCAGGAGUUUCUUUGUUGAAUAUAACUUUUCAGAACACGACGGGAUAUCAGAAUGAAUCAGAACCCAAUCGAGCCUGCCGAAUCAGUUGAGACGCUAGCAGGUGUACCCGAGCACGUUCUGAAAGGACUUCCUGAGGAAGUGAGACUCCUUCCGUCUGCUGUUGACAAGACACGGCUUGGUGUCUGGGCAACAAAACCAAUUUUCAGAGGCAGGAAAUUUGGACCCUUCGUUGGUGACAAGAAGAAAAGAUCUCAAGUGAAGAGCAAUGUGUAUAUGUGGGAGGUAUACUAUCCAAACUUGGGUUGGAUGUGUGUUGAUGCGACGGACCCAGAGAAGGGGAAUUGGCUGCGCUAUGUGAACUGGGCUCGUUCAGGGAAAGAACAGAAUCUCUUCCCUUUGGAGAUCAACAGAACCAUUUACUACAAAACUCUAAAGCCAAUCGAGCCGGGCGAAGAGCUCCUGGUGUGGUACAAUGGGGAAGACAACCCAGCCAUAGCCGCUGCCCUCGAGGAAGAGAGAGCCAGCCACCACCACCGCAGCAAGCGGAACUCGCCCAAAGCCAAGAAAGGGAAGAAAAAAUCCCAGGAGGCAAAAAACAAAGGAAAGAAAACAAUAGAUAAGAAACAGAACACUUCUUUGGCUUUAGCUCCUGCUGACAUGAGGGAGCCCAGAGAAGGUCCAAAAGAGAAGGACGAAAUGCCCUCUGUUUCCGCAGUGCUGUCGCUGGAACAGACAGCUGUGAUUCAGGAGAUGGUGAAUCAAGACCUGAUUCCAGAUUUGGUGAUCUCCACUUCUGUCCUUGAGCCGAAUGUGACACCGGAGGACAAGCCGGGGACCAUCAUUGGCCUGCCAGAAGUUUUGGAGGUGCAGGAGGAGGAGGAGGAGUCUGGAGGAGGAGAGGAUCCGGAAGAGGAGGAGGAGGAAGAGCCUGAAGAGGAGGAAGAGGAGGAAGAAGAGGAAGAGGAGGAUGUUGCCUUGCCGAAAGACACGGAACCCACCGCCCUGUGCGACGACAGGCUGGAAUCUGUGGAAGAGCAGAGUGGCCUCUCUGAAGAAUCUCCAGGAAGCUCUCCCAAGAAGAAGCCCUUGGCGAAGUUUCCCAAAGUGAGAAGCGAAUCCAACGGCAACAUCCAGGGGCCUUUUAGGUUUCCCUGCCAACAUUGUGAAAGGAAGUUCACCACCAAGCAGGGCCUUGAGCGGCACAUGCACAUCCAUAUCUCCGCGGUCAGCCACACCUUCAAAUGUCGCUAUUGCGGCAAAGCCUUUGGCACGCAGAUCAAUCGGAGGAGGCAUGAGCGGCGCCAUGAGGCUGGCCCCAAAAGGAAGCCGUUCCUCCUGCUUUCUCCCACCCAGCCCUCUGAAGGGGGUGCCAUGAACCGGACAACGGCCGAAGGCGGUGUGAGCGAGGAGACCCCCGCCAGGCAAGACUCAGCAGCGGUGGGUCCCGAGAAGGUUUCUCCUGCACCACGAAACCCUGUUCUUCACGAGGAGAGCAAGGAGUCCAAGGGAAUCCAUUCCUGCAAGUACUGCAGGAAGGUGUUUGGAACCCACACCAAUAUGCGGAGGCAUCAGCGAAGGGUCCAUGAGCGCCAUCUCAUCCCGAGAGGGGUCAAGAGGAAACCUGAGGAGCCCCAUCUCCCGACCGAACAAACCCAGCAGGCCCCGAACGUCUACGUUGCCAGUACAGACCUGGAGGAGGAGGGCGAGGCUGACGACGUUUACAUUAUGGAUGUGUCGAGCAAUAUAUCCGAGAACCUCAAUUAUUACAUGGAUGGUAAAAUCCAGUCUAACAACAGCACGAGUAAUUGUGAUGUUAUUGAAGUUGAAGCCAGCUCAACUGAACUCUAUGGAAUAAACUGUUUGCUUAGUCCUGUCACGGUGGAAAUCGCCCCCAAUGUAAAGGCAACCCCAGUGCAUUUAACGGAAGUGUCUAAAGAGUUGCCUGGUGGGGGGAAUGCUGAACCCAGAAAGAGAAGGACUGCAAGCCCUCCCCUCUUGCCGAAAAUAAAAACGGAGGUAGACCCGGAACCGGUGACCUCCCUCUGCUCCUUGACAAUUCCGCUGACGAUUUCGACAGCUGACAGCUUGCUUUUUCCCAAAGAGAAAAAUAUGUAUUUGUCAUCCAAACUGAAGCAGCUUCUCCAGACGCAGGAAGGGAAUAAAGUAACACCAUCUCCUCCGUCGUCAUCGUCGUCGUCGUCAUCAUCAUCAUCAUCAUCAAGUGAAAUGCCCAAACUGGGGCAUCCUGCGGCCUCUUCGCCUCUUCUGUCCUCAGCCUCCAGCAGGUUCAAAAGGAGAACCAGUUCCCCUCCCAGUUCACCCCAGCACAGUCCAGCCCUUCGAGACUUUGGCCGAGCAGGCGAAGGAAAGUCUGCUUGGAACGAGGCGGUUUUAGGGUCAAAACUCCCCAAACUGGAGAGUCAUAACAAUUCGCCGGCAUGGAGCUUGUCUGGAAGAGAAGAAAAGGAAACCAUGAGCCCUCUUUGUUCGGAAGAGUAUAAAGCCCCAAAGGAUUGGGUGCCGAGCCCUCCGUUUGGCAAUGUAUGUAACCAGCAGCCUUUGGAUUUAUCCAGCAGCAUGAAGCAACGGGCAGGCUGCAAGAACAAGGCCCAGGUUCCCUGGGAAUCUGUGCUAGAUCUCAGUGUCCAUAAAAAGCCGUGCGGUGAUCCUGAGGCUAAGGAGAGUAGCAGCUUGGCUGCGUCAGGUUGUAGUAGCGCCAAGAAGAAGCCGACCACAUCCAUGUUGCAGAAAGUUCUGCUGAAUGAAUACAAUGGGACUGAUUCAGCUUCAGAAAACCUGGCAUCUGAAACAAGCCCUAGCUUAGGCACUUGCAAAUUAGCAGAAGUGCAUUUGGAGGCGGAGGCCAAUCCCCCUCUACCUAAUGUCGAGCCAGGUUUCCCAGAUCCCUCGGCAGAGAAACCUUCACCUCCAGCGUCGUGUCAGGUGCCGCCUCUCUUGACUCCCACAAAUUCCCCUUCUCCACCACCCUGCCUGCCUAUUUUAAAGGUCUCUACCCCACCUCCUCCUCUCCUUCCUACAGCGCCUUCACCUCUCCCAGAAGAACCUCUUAGCAUCGCUCCAAGUUUAUGUCCCUCUCCACUCUCAAACGCCACUGCUCAUUCUCCUCUGCCCGUCCUUUCUCCUACGGUCUCGGCUUCUCCUGUUUUUUCCACUGAACCCCUGAGCUGUGCUUCCCCUGGGCCUCCAAACCUUUCGUCCUCUUCCUCUUCCUUUUCUUCUUCCUCUUCCUCCUCCUCCUCUUCCUCCUCUCCUUCUCCUCCUCCUCUCUCCGUAGUUUCUUCCGUCCUUUCCCUUGGCGAUAACCUAGAAAAUUCAGUUCCCAUAAUGUAUUUUAAGCAGGAGGAGAUAGACAACAGGCCUCAGAAAGCAAGAGAAGACCUACAAGGCUCAGAUGAAGCAGACACAGUUCAAGAGACGUUUAACAAGAACUUUGUGUGCAACGUCUGCGAAUCUCCAUUUCUUUCCAUCAAAGAUCUCACCAAACACUUAACUGUUCACGCUGAGGAGUGGCCCUUCAAAUGUGAAUUCUGUGUCCAGCUUUUUAGAGAGAAAACGGACUUGUCAGACCAUCGCUUUUUGCUCCACGGAGUUGGCAACAUCUUCGUUUGCUCCCUCUGCAAGAAAGAAUUUGCCUUUCUGUGCAAUUUGCAGCAGCAUCAGCGAGACCUUCAUCCCGACAAAGGGUGCACGCACCACGAAUUGGAGAGCGGGACGCUGCGGCCACAGAACUUCACCGACCCUACAAAAGCGCACACGGAGCCUGUGCCGAGCCUCCCCGAAGGUUCCUCAGAACCCUCGAAAGAGGAAGAGGAGGACGAGCUGAACGACUCCUCCGAAGAACUGUAUACCACUAUCAAAAUAAUGGCUUCUGGGGUCAAGGCGAAAAACCCAGAUGUUCGAAUGGGCCUCAAUCAGCACUAUCCCAGUUUCAAACCCCCUCCGUUCCAGUAUCACCACCGUAACCCCAAUGGGAUCGGAGUCACUGCCACAAAUUUCACAACUCACAAUAUCCCACAGACCUUCACCACGGCCAUCCGCUGCACCAAGUGUGGGAAGAGCGUAGACAAUAUGCCUGAACUGCACAAACACAUCCUGGCUUGUGCGUCGGCCAGUGAUAAAAAGCGGUACACGCCGAAGAAGAACCCGGUGCCCCUGAAGCAGACGGUUCGACCUAAGAACGGGGUCAUCCUCCCCACCCCAACAAGUACGGCAUUCAGGCGCACUGGCCAGCCCAAAAGGCUCAGUUUCAGCGUUGAGGCAGGCAGGAUGUCCUCUAACAAACUCAAGAUUAGUGCACUGAAGAAGAAAAACCAGCUCGUCCAGAAAGCCAUUUUGCAAAAGAAGAAAUCGCAGCAAAAGGCGGAGUUGAGGAACAGCACGGUGGAGCCCAGCUCCCAUAUCUGCCCCUACUGCAACCGGGAGUUCACGUACAUCGGGAGCUUGAACAAGCAUGCUUCCUACAGCUGUCCAAAAAAGCCCAUUUCCCCUUCCUCUAAAAAGAACACUAAAAAGAAAAGCGGGACCUCCUCUUCCAGCAGUGAUAAAAGUAGCAACCAGCGCAGGCGGACGGCCGAUGCGGAGAUCAAAAUGCAAAGCCCCCAGGCUCAUUUGGGCAAGACCCGAGCACGGAGUUCAGGGCCGGUGGCGGUCCCAUUGCCCUCCACCUCCUUCAAGGUGAAGCAGAACCUCAAGUUCGUGCCAGCUGCUAAAUCCAAAAAGCCUAGCGCUCCGUCGGCGGCGAGGAACGCCAGUCCCGUAAGGGUGACCAAAACGGUCAGCACGGAGGGCAAAAAACCAAAAGCCAUGCCCAGAAACAGCUCCUCCGAACUCUCAGGCAAAACGCCCUGCCGAUUGCAUGUCAGGAUACAAAAGAACAAGGUGGCUUUGGCCAGCCGGCCGGCCGUGACCACCAAAAAGACUGACAAGUUCAGCGUGAAGACAAGAGAAAGGGUCGGCGGGCCUGUCACCCGGAGCCUGCAACAGGUAACCAGUCCUGAUACCGCAGAGAAGAGGGAAGAAACCAGCACAAGGCAGGAACUAAAAGAUUUCAGGAAUCUGCUGUGACACGAGAAACAAAGUGAAAACCUCCGAAGUGUAAAUGCAGUUUCCAAGCUGACAAGCCAGAGCAGCGGUGUGGCUUGGCUUGAGCAAGGCAGGAGCAUUUCCAGAGCACAGAGGGCCCCCAUCCUGUAAGCUCAAAAGAUCCUGCCGAAGCCACCUUUACCUGCCACGGGCAGUCCUCUUCUUGCUGAGGUACCAGCAGCGGAGCCGGUUGGGGUACGUUCCGUCCCAGCGAGAGGAGUUUUUGGUAGCGAAGGAAAGAGGACGAGGGGAUGGUGGCUCCGCCUGUACCCAUCCACCCUUUUUUUAAAGGACAAGGAUGAACUCAACUGGAUCAAAUCCUACCCUGGAAUUUAUAGCUAACGCUUCUACUUGCUUUUAUCCAGACGGGCCAGGGCGGGAGAUGUGAGAGAGGCGACGACGUCACCAAAAUAUUUCCAAAACAGGUUGUGCUCAGAAGCUCCCUGUGUGUCAAAGGCGAAACGAAAUCCUAACUGCACUCAGAGUUCAUUUUGGUCCUACACUGAGUCUCUUUAAACUUUUUGUUUUAUAUCGGGUAGAAAAUGAAAAGACUUGUAGGGAACAGGAACAGUUCCGUCUUUUCCCCUCUCCUCCACCCCCCCCCCGGUCCUCCCAAUCCUCUAAUCCCUUCCUAGAUUUUCUGAGUGGUUGAGUGGAAGCAGAUGUGAAGGUGAUCAGGGGCUGAGCGCAGCCCUGGUGUGUGAGCCGGCUUGGGGACAGGAAGGACGAAGAGGUUUCAGCCCUGUCCAUUUGUUCUAAAACCUGAUUGUUCCCAGUUUACUGCAACUGAAACCACGAAGUCAUUCAUACAAGGCUGUAGAGCACAAGCAACGACGCCGGUCAAGUUAUGGUUAAUCAGCAGAUAUAUCUACUAACAGAAGCUACAUAUUUUUUUUCCUACUUGUAAAACAAAAUUAUCACCUUAAUUUACACACACACACACACACACACACACACACAAACACACUUUGGGGGAAGCUAGCCUUUCAGUUGGUGAAAAACAGUUUCAUUUAUGCAUCCCAUUAUUUUUCUUUUAAAAAAAAGAUCUUAUUUGUUCUUGACUUAAAAAGUAAUCUACCUCUUAAAAUUUGUAGUUUUAAUAUUGUUUGGUGACUUUUUGCCACUUUAACCACCUGUUCUUUCACUGUCAUUCCCUUUUAUUUUGUUACUUUUUUGUUUUCUUUUUCGGUUUUAUGGGGACUUCUAUGUCAAACUGUUGUAUAAAAGCAUUUGUAGCAAGUUUGGAAAAAAAUAAAAUAUUUAAAAUGUAUUUAAAAUUGUUUUGGGACACUUCAGUUGUACUAUAUGUGAUUUACGUUUUACAUACAUUUUGUUGGUUUCAGAGAGUUUUGGGGUUGUUAAUCUGUAUUAAAGAUUGUUCUAUAGUUCAUUUUUCUCUUUUUUUCUUUAAAUUUUUGU